GAGGCCCGUGACCCGGAUAGUGCAACAUGGCGGCGUCCAGCGGCAAGGUAGAACCGGCCGGGAUUCCGCGGCCAGCCGCGUGAGUAGGUGGUUGUCCGACAAGCAAAGGCAUGAGCUGGGCCCAAGGCAUCCUGCUGGCCCGGGGCCUCUCUCGGGGCUGGGGAGGUAUCUGCAGCACCGCCCUCACCGGAGCCCCCUUCUCUCAGGGGCCGCCCCAGGCCCCGCGGGGCCUCCACUGCAGCACAGCCGCCCACAACCCUGAUUCGUCGCUGGUCCCACGCCCACCCGAACCCCCGAGGGGGCCGGUCAAGGCCCUGGCACCCCACGUGGACCUGUUUAGGCAGGCGCCAGAUGGGGUGCGGGACAAGGCGAGCUUCGUGCAGGCGGUGCAGAACUUUACGCAGUACAACGUGCACAAGCGGGGCCACGUUGACUUCAUCUACCUGGCCCUGCGCAAGAUGCGGGAGUACGGCGUCGAGCGGGACCUGGCCGUCUACAACCUGCUGCUCGACAUCUUCCCCAAGGAGGUCUUCCGGCCUCGCAACAUCUUCCACAGCAUCUUCCUCCACUACCCACGGCAGCAGGAGUGCGGGAUCGCUGUCCUGGAGCAGAUGGAGAACCACGGGGUGAUGCCCAACAAGGAGACGGAGUUCCUGCUCAUUCAGAUAUUUGGACGCAAAAGCCACCCCAUGCUCAAGUUCGUGCGCAUGAAGCUGUGGUUCACCCGCUUCAAGAAUAUCGACCCCUUCCCCAUGCCCCGGGACCUGCCCCAGGACCCAGUGGACCUGGCCAGUUUGGCCCUGCGGCACAUGGAGCCCGACCUCAGCGCCAGGGUCACCGUCUAUCAGAUGCCUUUGUCCAAAGACUCCAGAGAUGCCACGGAUCCCACGGAGCCCCACAUCAUAGGAAUCCAGAGUCCUGAUCAGCAGGCCGCCCUGGCCCACCACGACCCAGCCCGCCCGAUCUUCGUUGAGGGUCCCUUCUCGCUGUGGCUUCGAGACAAAUGCGUCUAUUACCACAUCCUCAGAGCUGACUUGCUGCCCCCUGAGGAAAGGGAAGUGGAGGAGAUUCCAGAGGAGUGGAACCUCUACUACCCAAUGCAGCUAGACCUGGCCUACGGGAGGAGCAGCUGGGAUGACUACGAGUUUAACAUCGAUGAAGUGGAGGAAGGCCCUGUCUUCGCCAUAUGCAUGGCGGGUGCCCAUGACCAGGCCACGCUGGCCAAGUGGAUCCAGGGCCUGCAGGAGACCAACCCAGCCCUGGACCGCAUCCCGGUGGUCUUCCGCUUGUCAGGGUCCUCCGGGGAGCUGCUGGCAUCCUCCUCAGGGCUGGAGGAGCCACCCCUGACCCCACCCGAGGGCCAGGAAGAAGAGGAAAACAAUCAGCAGCGACAGCAGCAGAGCCAGAGCUGAGCCUGAGCAGUCACAGGAGCACAGGCUGUGGACUGGUGUGAAAGCAUGAGAUGACCUUUUAGUGUACAGCAAAUAAAAGUUUUCCGGCUUGGG